AUGGCAGUGAUAUUACGAAAGGCAAUUUGGAACUGGAUCAAAUCGUUCCCCGCAGAAUUCGUGGCACUUUGUCAAUCACAGAGAAGUAUGGAGGGCGGUCCCGAAAUACUAUUUGACAUUUGUUAUAGUCUAUCCGAAGGUAACCAAAAGCGCAGAAUGGUGUUUUGGCCAUUACAAACAAUGCUUUUGAUCCUCUGCCCGGAUAUUUUACGAAGUGCCGUAACGGCCGAUCGAGGAACGGCUGUAUCGUUUUUGGAAACCCUAAAAAAAUCAUUACGAAAAUCUACUUUUGCAGAAGUUGCUGCUAUUUGCUACGUGGACAUUUGCAAAGCAGCAACCUAUGUAUCGAAGAGUGAUUCUUCGGCGUUACGAUUAAUUGUUCCAGAGAUUGCAAAUGAAUUGAAGGAAAAAUUGUUUAAUCCGAAUCAACCGUUCAUUACUGAGGCGCAUGUUGAUCAACGUUUAAUGACCGACUGUCUCACUGCAUUGUUUCAUUUGAACCCACGUAAUGCAUUGCAUUCGAUCAUUCCUGUUUGCUUGCAAAAAAAUGCACCAAACGCUUUUAAAUUGGUUUUGGUGAAAAGCUGUUUUGCUCUCGCAUCCGAGGAAAAUCGAUUACCAUGGAACCCAGAUAUAACUUCAAUGUAUUCGGUUCUUGUGUCGCCAUUACGCGAAAUAUUUCAAGACCAUGCAAAGAAUCAGAGUUUUGGUCCCAUAAAGAAAACCAAAAAAAUGAUGGAGGAGGCAAAUGAAAAAACAGAGAUUAUAUUGAAUAUCUUAAAUUUGUAUAAAACUGAUCCAUCAUUGGCCCUUAUGCAAAAUGAUUCUUCUGAACCAUCAGACGAGAUUGGAACAAUCGUCUGCAUUACUAAUUGUCUAAAUAAUUCUAGUCGAGCAAUUCGUACAAUUGCUGCAGAAACUUUAUUGGAAUUACAUAAACCUGACUACAUUGAAAAAUGGGGAUCACCGCAAAAUAAAAUGCGUAAUUUCUGGUAUUUAAGUUCGCAAGUGACGUUAACGGUGGCACGACAAAUUAUUGAAUCAAAGGAACGAGAGGAAGGCGCAAAAUACAUGUUAGAAUUGUUACAUCAGUUGCUUAUUAAACGAAAUGAAUUCCUGAAAGCAAAUCGAGAGGUGGCAACUGUUGAAAUCAACGUUCCAGAAAGAGCUAAAUCCAAUGUAGCAUUAGAAAAAGCGUUAUUAGUGUUGUUAUGUUCAGCUAAUAUAGAAAUUUGUUCGAUUGCGAUCGCUUGUAUCGGGCAUUUAUGCACAGAAGCGCAAUUGACCGAAGCUUUAGAUGAACUACCUUCUCAAUUAUCUAUCAUUGAGAAUAUAGAUGUUUAUUUAGAGUUGUCCUCCCCAAAUUACAUGGUUACGGGACGCAUGGCGCAACAAAAACGUACACGUAAAUUAUUACGAUUAAUGAAAAAUCCUACUC